AUGCCAGGCUUUCUACCUGAACCACUGAGGAUGUUGGUCUCCAACCCCGCUCUCUGGGACUUCUCCUCAGAUGGUCCUAUCCCAUAUGCAAUGCGCCAAAAGUUCACUGGAAACCCACCUUCCGUGAACUCGGAUAACCCCGUUGCUUCCAAAAUAGUGCUAGUUACUGGGGCUACCUCCGGUGUUGGCCUUGAAGCAGCACGUCAGCUUGCCCAGCUGGGUCCACGACUUCUCAUCCUUGGGGUGAGAAACCUCAGCAAGGCUAACCGCAUCAAGAGUGAGAUCCAAGAGAAUAUGCCUCAUCUCACUGUGCAGGUGGCUGAAUUGGACUUGGAGAGCCUUUCCUCAGUCGACCGAUUUGUGGAAGAGCUAAACGCCAACUCCAUUCAUCUAGAUCUGGCACUUCUCAAUGCAGGCUUUUUCGGUCACGAUGACCGGAUGACCGAAGACGGAUACAGCCCGUUGUUUCAGGUCAAUUUUCUCGGCACCGCCUAUCUUGCGUUGAGACUUCUGCCUCUGCUUCGUGAAAGUACUAUCCAGUCCGAAACAAGCGCAAGAUCUCCACGCCUUGUCUUGGUUACCUCUGAGGGCCACGCCUGGACCACAUUUCCCGAUCUGCCUGAACCCGAGAACAAAAAUACCCUGCCUAUAUUGUCUGUUUUCCGGGAGAAGAAAACACUUGGCAGUGCAGAUGAUCAAUACUACCGUGCCAAGCUUCUGCUUGCAUUGUUUGGGAAAGAACUUUCUCUCAGGCUGACCGCAGCGAAAACCGACACUACUGUGGUCAUCACCACUCCAGGAUUCUGUGCCUCCAAUUUUUUCCCUAGUGAUGUGAUGACCCGCCUGAUUCAAUUUACCUCUGCUCGGUCUAUUCAGCAAGGUGGAGCUUUGCACGUCUUCGCGGCUACAGCACAAGGCUCCGACAUCCACGGGGCGUAUUUACGUGAUGGAAAACCGACUCCGUAA